UUUCUUUCCUAAAAAAAUUUUCAAAGAAAAUUUUUUUUUCAUUUUUUUUAAGGGAAUAUAUUCGAGCAGCAGGAGGUAAUGCAUUCUGUGCUCUAGUUUUCUUUGCUUUUCUCAUAAAUGUUGGGUCGAACAUUUUUUCAACUUUUUGGUUAAGCGAAUGGAUGCGUAAUGUUCAUAAUGACGAAUUUAGAGCAAGUGUUGAUUUUGUGCUUAAAAAUGCUGCUGCUUCUAAAAAUAAUAAUGGAGAAUCUUCAUUUAAAUUAACUGACAGUCUUGCCAAUCCAGAUUUGGGCUUGAAAUUUUAUUCAAUAAUUUAUGUUUGCAAUGUAUUAUUUCUUUUUCUCAGUGGAAUAUUUAAAGCAAUUGUUUUUGUUAAGUUCACUUUAAAUGCCUCUACUAAUUUACACAAUAAAAUGCUCAAAAGGGUCAUUUUUGCUGUUAUGCCUUUCUUUCAUAAUACACCUACGGGUAGAAUAUUGAAUCGAUUUAGCAAGGAUAUGGAUGAAAUUGAUUCCAAAUUACCCUUUUCGGCAGAGGCAAUGCUUCAAGGAGGAAUUACUUGUGCUGGUUUUCUUUUGAUAAUUAUUUGGGUCUUCCCAUUAUUUUUAUUGCCAUCAAUUCCUCUAUUUAUGCUCUUCCUUCUAUUUUUUGUUUGUUUUCGUGCUGGAAUUAGAAGUCUAAAACGUAUUGAAAAUGUAACUCGUUCUCCUCUCUACGAACACAUUACAAGCUCUUUGGAAGCUUUACCAACAUUACAUGCUUAUGGACAAUCAGAUAAAUUUGUUGAACAAUUAAAAUUACGUUUAGAUGAAAAUACAGGAGCUCUUUUUCUUUAUUAUUCAGCAAUGCGUUGGCAAGCUGUAUGGCUUGAUUUGCUUGUGGUAAGAGAUUUUUGGUUUAAAUUUUCUGAAAGUAGCUUUGAACUUAAAAAUUCAGAUUUUUAA